AUGGAUGAUGGAGGGUCUACAACAAACCUAUUAAGUCCAAACAAAGGAAUGGGGGUUGUAACAGGUGUUGGGAUUGAUAAUCCGUCAUCACAAUCAGUACAUGGUAUGGAUCACACAACCACUCCAAAUGAAGAAACAACUAGUCAAAUCCCUAAUGAAAAUGAAAGUGUGAGAGAAAAAAAUAACGAAACCGAUGAAGAUGAAGUACAAUUAACGAGAAAACGGAAAAAAACAUCAAAAGUAUGGGACGACUUUGUUGUAGUUACACUCCGGGAUGGUAAGAAAAAAGCCGAAUGCAAACAUUGUAAGUCAAGGUUGGCUAUUACUGGUUCAGGUCCUACAUCAUCAUAUAAAAGACACCUAAACAGUUGCAUCCCCCAUAAACAAUCGCUAAAAAACCAACAAAUACUAAAUUUUCAACCUAGUGGGUGUGAUGUGGAUUUUGUGCCACCAUUGAUCGGACCGGAUACAAAAUAUGAUGAAAACAAGAUGAGGGAGGCCAUAGCUAAUUGGAUACUAAGUACCGAGCAACCGUUUGCUACUGUGGAAGAUGUAAUGUUUGUGAAAAUGAUGAAGACAACUACUCCAUUGUUUGAGAAAUUAAGCAGAGUUACAAUUACGUCAGACUGUUUUAAGGUAUACGAGCAUGAGAAGAAAAGGUUGAAAGCCCUUACAAAAGCUGCCUCUAAAAUCAGUUUAACAACUGAUUGUUGGAAGUCCUCGCAUCAGAAAAUUGAGUAUAUGGUUAUUACUGCACAUUUUGUAGAUCAUAAUUGGAGAUUACAGAAACGUGUAUUAAGUUUUGUACAUGUUCCUACUCCUCGUACUGCGGUUGAUAUUGCCGAUGGUAUUUACAAAUGUUUGCAAGAGUGGGAAAUUAAAGAUAAGAUUUUCACCAUCUCAGUUGACAACGCAGCUUAUAAUGACAAAGCUUUAAGAAGAUUGAAAGAAACUUUUUCGCGUGUAAGAAAACUUUCAUGUGGUGGUAGAUUGUUUCAUAUACGAUGUUGCGCACACAUAUUGAAUCUUCUAGUGAAAGAUGGUCUUGCAAUAAUUGAUCAUAUCAUCGGUGAUGUUCGUGAGGGUAUAAAGUAUAUUAACAAUUCGGAGGGUAGACGUCUAAAUUUUUCAAAGGCUGCACAUCAAAUGCAAAUACGUGAUUGGAAGUUAAUGCUUGAUGUUCCAACACGAUGGAAUUCAACCUAUGAUAUGUUGUGCAUGGCUUUAAAGUUCAAAGAUGCUUUCCCAAGGUAUGCAGAGUAUGAACCACAUUUUCAUCACUUGCCAACUGACGAAGAUUGGGAAAAUGUUCAAAGCAAUAGGUUUUGGAAUGGAUUUGUUUUCAACAAACGAUUUAUUUUUAUAAUUGGGUUGAAUGUGUUCAGUCUUUUCGUUCAGGUGAUUUUUUUGAUAAAACAUGUUGUUUCUUACGAGACUCAGUAUUUUGCCAAUAAACCUUCUUUUGUGCUUUAG